CGUAAUUGAUUCCCCUUGCAACCACUAUUUCCUCCCUUACCCCCAUCCCUUUCAAUUCAUUCUGCCCACCUCCUUCAAUCUCGGACUACAUUGCGGACCGGGGAUGGGAGGGGAGUGCCAACGCAUCACUUCCAUUCCUGCUCAGAUAAAACCCACUGAGGCUUACAAUAAUCUUGGCCGAUACCUGACAGAUCCAAACGCCAUACAGCCAUCACAGCUGCCGGCACCAACACUACCACAUCUAAUCCCGUAAAGGAGCGCCGAAAUAUUCUCCCUAUCACCCCGCACGAGGACAUCUAUAACAUCCCUAACCUUUUAACCUUUUCACGUAUACUCGCUUCACCGGUUAUCGGUUACUUGGUGCUGCAAGAGCAGCAUGUUACUGCACUGGCGUUAUUUGUUGCGGCAGGGCUGACAGAUCUUGUUGAUGGUUACUUGGCAAGGAAAUGGAACCUUAAGACGGUCGUUGGAUCAGUUAUUGACCCUAUGGCGGACAAGACUCUAAUGACCAUUUUGACUGUCACUCUGGCUAUGAAGGGAUUGUUGCCAGUCUGGCUCGCGGGCAUCAUUUUGAGCAGGGACAUCGGGUUGGCGAUCUCCGCAAUCUACUUCCGCUGGAUAUCGCUUCCUCCGCCAAAGACUAUGGCAAGGUACUGGGAUUUUUCCUUGCCAAGUGCGGAAGUGCGCCCAACCACCAUCAGUAAGUUGAAUACUGCGUUACAGCUAGGCCUAAUUGGCGCGUGUAUGGCGCACCCUUUCAUGGUGACCAUGGGCCCGGGCUGGGACAUUGCUCUCCGAGCAAUGCAGUACACGGUUGCAACUACCACUGUUUGGAGCGGCCUCUCAUACGUAUACUCGAAGGAUGCCGUUAGGAUCCUCAAGCGGCCGCGGGAGCCGGAAGAUAGGGCGAACCCUGACGAUAAUAAAAAGAAAAUGAGCUAGCAUCCGGCCACCUGACGCGGCGCCGGCUUCCUUGAAGCAGCGAAUGAAAGUAUA